AUGACCGCUGCGGCCUUCGGUCCUCUCCUCCUGGCGACGGCGUGGACAUCGCUGUGGUCGCCCGCCGACGCCCAAUGCACCCCGGAGUUGCGUCGCAAGAGACCGACGCACACAGUGUGCCAGCCUCCCAACCCGGCGUGCACGAUAUACAGGAGUGGCGUGAACGACGCCGACAGAGCCCUGAUCUUGAGCCGCCACAACGAACAUCGGAGCCAGGUGGCGAAGGGGCGGCUGCCGGGAUUCGCGGCGGCGACCGACAUGCAGGAGUUGCGGUGGGACGAAGAGGUGGCACUGGUGGCGCAGGCCCACGCUGACCUCUGCACGCCAGCCAGCGGAGAUUUGCUGCAGCACGACAAAAACGAGAACCGUUUCACCUCGAAAUUCCAAUACGUGGGCCAGAACUUGGCGUGGGACGGACAGUCGUACCCGGUCAAUGGGCCCAACUGGACCCACGCCAUCGACGAAUGGUACAUCGAGUACAAGUACUACCCGGCCCAGUACGUCCGCAAGUUUCCCGGCGCUGGGCGCACGGCAAGGCCCACGGGGCACUUCACCCAGGUCAUCUGGGCCAAUACCAGCAACAUCGGCUGCGGCUACGUCUACUACACGGUUCCCGGAGCACGGUUCCCGCACAUGCGCAAGUACACGUGCAACUACGGUCCAUCGGGGAACUUCAGGAAUCGACCCGUCUACACAGAGGGCGCCACGUGCAGUGCCUGUCCACCGCCCACGCGCUGCAGCCAAGCCACGGGGCUAUGCGAUGGCCAAGGACCUGCGAAGAAGGGUGGCCAGGACCCUUCGCCACCGCCGGACACUCCCGGAGUGCCGCCUACCUCUGAGCCGCCGAUGGAGACGCCGUCGUGGCCUUACGUAACACUCGGUGUGACCCUGAUUGCCUCUAUGCGACUGACGACAGCCUGA